CCUGCGUACCAGUCGUGUCGCAGUGCUUACGUAACAAUAUUAUUAUUAUUCUUACUUGCCUGGCCGGUGUGUUGUUCAUUUAAAAUCGCGGUCCAACAGUUUACGUUCGUCUCGAUCGAUUAUUCGCCUUUCGCUCGGUCUCUCAGUUUUUAAUCGGUAUAUAAUUCUAUACGAAACAAAAUCGAUCUACAUUAAUAUAUAUAUACAUAUAUACACGUAUUAUCUCGUCUCUCUAUAAACAUCAAGUAAACGCAAUUACACACGACAAAAUCACGCGCCGCGAUCGCGAAAAACGCGCUUAACGUCUCCCGCGAAUCGCUGUUACCCGCCUGUCUGCGCACGUCGUGCGGAUACAUUUGAACCGUCGGUCAACGUCGUCCACGUCGCCGUCAUCAUCGUCCCCGUCGUUGUUCUCUGCGUUAUCGAUUGAUACCACGAUUAAUCAAAAUCGCCGAACGUGAUACGUCAAGAGAGAAGAUCGCUCCAAGUCUGCUGUAUGGGCUACCUGUCGGUUGAUAAACAAGUGCCGUCGACAAGCUACCGUCGAAGAACACGUUCUGUGGGUUCGGCCCUUCUCCACGGGCACGGUGUAUCGAUUGCUCUAAAAUAGACGCGUGGGAACACCUGCAGGCUACAUACACAUUCUACCUAGAGUUCGGACUGUCUCAUUCCCUCUGUCCCCCUCUCUCUCUCUUACUUUCUCUCUGCAUUGGUCUUUCCUGACGCCCUUGCAGCGCGUGACAGGUGCAGGGAGAACGGUAGCAGCACCGCGCUGUCAUAAGGCUGGAGGAGGUGGUGGUGGCGGUGGAGGCGGAGGUGCAAGCGUCAAGGAAGAAACGUAACAGGAAGCGGAAGAAGUAUAACGACGAAAAGGAGUAGACAGAGAGAGAGAGAGAGAGAGAGGGUAACGGAAGAAAGUUGAAGGAAGUGGAAGAAGAGGUAAAGGUGGAGAAGGAGGAAGGAGGCGAAACGCCUGGGUUUCUCGCGAUAAAAAGGUUAUAUCCAGUGAUACGUCCUGGAGGCGCCUGUCGUCUUCGCCGGUACAACCAUAACGCCGCCCGCUUUAAAACGCCCGAGACGGGAUACGGUGGAUUCAUCGCCGCCACCCGCUCGAACCGCAGCCCCCGGAAACCCCGGACCAUCCAGCAAACUCGCUUGCAUCAUGGACGCACCGCUCUCCCAGAGUAUGGACUCCGUCAACACGGUGGCCACCGGUGAAGACGAGGUACGCACCUUGUUCGUGAGCGGCUUGCCGAUGGACGCCAAGCCGAGGGAGCUGUAUCUCCUGUUCAGAGCAUACGAGGGCUACGAGGGGUCUCUGCUGAAAGUCACAAGCAAAAAUGGGAAAACAGCGUCGCCGGUGGGGUUCGUGACUUUUCACACAAGAGCAGGUGCAGAGGCGGCGAAACAGGACCUACAGCAGGGGGUUAGAUUCGAUCCUGAUAUGCCACAAACCAUACGUUUGGAAUUUGCAAAAAGUAACACAAAGGUUAGCAAACCCAAGCAACCAGCCGCUGCAGCAGCCACCUCGCACCCUGCUCUGAUGCACCCUCUAACUGGACACUUAGGGAGCCCAUUCUUCCCUGGUGGUCCUGAAUUGUGGCACCAUCCAUUGGCGUACUCGACCGCUGGCGAAUUACCCGGCACCCUGCAACACGCGACGCUGGUGCAUCCGGCGUUACAUCCUCAGGUCCCCGCACCCAUGUCUCUGCCGCAUCCAACGACGCUGACGUCGAUACACGCGUCGCUGCCCCAUUUCCUACCCUCCCCGGCAUUGGCAUCGCCGGUGGGUUCACCCUCGUCUCAGCCGAACAUAGCAGUGAGCAACGCACCCUGUUCCACCCUGUUCGUGGCGAACCUUGGUCAGUUCGUGUCUGAACACGAGCUCAAGGACAUCUUCAGCAGUUUUCCUGGUUUCUCCCGGCUUCGUAUGCACACGAAGGGAGGGUCGCCAGUGGCCUUUGUCGAAUACCAAGACGUUCGCUACGCGGCCCAGGCGAUGGCCACUCUCCAAGGAUCCUUUCUCCUCUCCUCCGACCGGGGAGCAAUACGAAUCGAAUAUGCAAAGUCAAAAAUGGCCGAGGUGGGCUUUACAAAUCUCUGGAUCGAAGGAUCAAAGAGAGAAGAAAACGGGCAACCUUAAGAUCGACAUCAACGGCAUGUAAAAGGAACGAGGGAAGAGCUGACGUGCUUACACACACACACGCGCGCACACCCCCCAUCCAUGUUCGACCGAGAAUUCCACCCUUUUACAACGACUAAGAAACCAUCCACGACUACGAGAAAUUUCGUUAUCAGAUGGCAAGAUUUAUGUCAUUUGGUGAGCAAAGAAAAAGAAAAAAAGAAAAAUCGAUGGCACGAUAGGAGAAGACCUCGAAGGGAUGGGGGCGGUGUGAGAUGGGUGCGAAAGGAAGAAAAGAAGCACGCAGAGAAAGGAUAAUCUAACCACCCGUACACACAGAGAUAAAAAAGAAAAGGGAGAAGGAGAAAAUUAAUAAGAUGAAACGAGGGGGAUGUGUUUCUACCCUUGUUUCUCGCGAAGCAGCUAAGUAGGCAAAUUCUUGUAAAUUGUUGCGGAUAACAACAAUGGCGUUAUUAAGAGAUUCGCGACUCGCGGGGGGCCCAAAAUAAUCGCGUAUAUAAUGAUAUUCCUAGGUAUAUAUAUUUUUUAACGACUUAACUUAUCGAUUCGAUUUAGCCGUGUACUACCUUGUCUAUUUAUUUUCCACCGAGUGUUGCGAUUGCGAUUCGACGACGACGACGAAGAAGCGAGAGACGACGACAGACACGAGGAUAAAAGAAAACGCGGAUUACAGGGAGGGCCGAGUCGGAGGGGCGUCGCGACGCUCCUACGAAUUUACACACGCCGCGAUUUCGACAACCGUCACACGAUUUCGUUUCGUACCGCUCCACAUUCAUAACACCUACACUCGUACGACAUCCGGUGAGAAAUUUCCAAUUAAUACCAUAACCGUAUUCUUUCAUAGCACACUGGGCUAUUUCUGUGAUCACCACUGACAGGAUUUGGCAUCAAUCAUUUAAUAUAAUCGAAUGACUGAAAGAAAAAUAAUUAAAGAAAAUUUUAGGUAACAAUAAUUACACAAAAUAAUUGCAGUUAUGGCGUGCCUUAAUACACAUGGCCAUUUUCACCGUGUCAGUCAACGCGUUAAAAUUCAACAAAUAAUUUUAAUCGACUGUCCUUGGAAUUACCAGUGACCAUUCUGGGUCAAUGCAUUUUCAUUAUGAAAAUAAAUGAUUUGAAAUUUUUCACCGAUGAUGUACAUCCAUAUACACAUCAGAUAUCUGUGUAAAAGCAGGAAGACACUCUCGAAGUUACAUACAAACACACAGUCCAUAAUCGCGGAAGAUUAUUUUCGAAGGACCGAGCCCCGCGCUGUCUUCGAAGAAAUUAUUAACCCCUUCUAGACAGGGGUGUACGUGAACGUAAAACAUUGAACACCAACGGAGAGAAAAAAAUUUACGCGUUAGAAGGAAAGCAACAGGACUCCUUCGAAUAGGAAUUUAUUCGAAAGAAAAGAAAGAUGUGCAACUCGAUUCGAUACCAAUAACACACUUGUUACGGCCGGUGUUUCACAGAGAAAUUGCGAGCGAACCUGAAGCGCGUUAACUAGUUUCCGGAAGUACUAAUUGGACGAAGGCGUGUCGGUACCGGGAAUCACGCGUUGGAAACGAUAUAACUCGGUAUGAAGAAAACGGAUAUUUUGGAGACAACCGCGGUGGCUCGUUGACAAAAUUGCGCGAUAUAGAUAACAAAAGUUGAAAGAGGAAGAAGAAGAAAAAAAAAGAGACGAAGACGAGUACAUCAAGCUUAAUACCAAAGGUGCCCUAAGAAGCGUGUAUUUAUGUUUUAUCAUUGGCGCGUCGCGAAAGGCGAGCAUUAUAUACAUUUAAUUAUGUAUCUUGUUAAGGAGAGUCUAAUAUCCUAGACGAGUGUGAUGGUCGAAUGAACGAAUACGUGUUGGAAGAGUGAUAGGAAGAUGCGCGAAAGUGUGAGUAAAUGAGGCAGAAAGAAAGAAGAGAAAUUGUGUAUUUACGUAAUAAUCUUAUACAUACAUAUAUAUAUAUAUAUUAUAUAUACAUAACGAAUGCGAACAUAUCAUAGGAUUAAGACAGUAGAGGGAAAAAAAAAGAAGUUAAAGUUUCUUUAAGAAAAUACUUUUAAACGAUCUGUCUUUGUAGUGGCGCAGAUACAGACAGAGGGAUACGAAGGUGGUGUGUGCCCUGCGUGCUAGAUACGACGGCCAACUCGGCACGUAAUUUGCCCAAGUGCCUUCCCGUUGGUCGAGUCAUGCUGUAAUCGUACCGUGCAUUAAGUCUCGUCCCGAUUUCAAAUCGUCGAACUCUCCCAUAGUCCGAUCCCUCUUAAACUUCCCACACCUCUGCUCCUCUCCAGACAACAUGGAUUACAUAUUAGCCGCAAUCCUGAAUAUACAGGGUGUUGAAAAAUUCCCUGAUGACCUCUGCACCGUUGGAUAGAUCGCGAGAAAUCGGAGCGAAAAGUUCUGUAGCAUUUUUCGAUGGGAUCAGUAGUUUAGCCACAUUUCGUUGUUGAAAAAUGAAAAAUUGACCAAUCAGCGCGCAGCUCGAGUGGCAAGACCCGCGGAGUAGGGGACUAGCCUCCUCUGCCGCCGCCUAGAGUCUCCUAAAUUGACCAAUCAGCGCGCAGCUUGAGUGGCAAGUCCCGCGGAGUAGGGGACUAGCCUCCUCUGCUGUCGCCGAGAAUCUCCUAAAUUGACCAAUCACCGCGCAGCUCCAGUGGUAAGACACGCGGAGUGGGAGACUACACGGAAUCGGAGUCUCCGUUUGCUUGCUCCGCCCUCGCACCUCGACUCUGGGCGUGGCUCGGCGACGGCAGAAGGGGCCAGUCCCCUACUCCGCGGGUCUUGCCACUCAAGCCGCGCGCUGAUAGGUCAAUUUUCAACAACAAAAUGUCGCUAAACUACUGAUCCCAUCGAAAAAUGCUACAGAACUUUUCGCUUCGAUUUUUCGCGAUCUAUCCAACGGUGUAGAGGUCUUCAGGGAAUUUUUUAACACUACAUAUAUAUGUAUAUAACCAGGAGACGCUUCUUCUAAACUAAUUAUCCAAAAAGCUGUUCGAGCCUGCCUGAUAGUUUUCUAUCGUCUGAUGGUUUUCUACUUUGUAGCCGAUUCACAAAGGACACAGAGCGCUGCCUCAGCGUGGACAGUGGUCUCCUUAGGUUAAUUGUCCUGGGUAGAAAAUAUACGGAAUUCCGAGUGUUUCGACAAAUGGAAAAAUGGUAAAUAAGGACACUUUAACUAAGGGGAGCAGAGUAGGGUAAUAAGGUGACACGUAAAUCGAACAAAGUAGCGCGAUGCGUGAUAUGCCGCGUUAAGAACGAUCCGCCUGGCGAUGGCUUAACGCGGCAUGUCACCUUUCGCACUGCUUUAUUUCGGUUCCAAGUUGUCGUGUUGCUAUCUCGAUAACUCAUAGUUGUUCUAUGACAAGGAUAGACAUUAUGGACAAUCCCAGAGAGCGAUACGAUGCGUUGUGAUCUAUAAAAUUGAAGAGAUAAUGAGACAUGCCACGCUACGCUGUUCUAAAUCUAAUUCGAGACUUUAUAUUUAACAGUCGCUGAAUUACCAUUUUCCAAAGUAUCUUUCUUGAACUAAGGUUUUCGAUUAAAAUGGCAUGUUACUGCUCUGAUUUAUUUAGAUACACAAUGCGUCGGAUUGAAAACUUGCCCAAAUGUCCAUUCUUACUCUACGAUACUAUAAAGAAUCUUCGAACUUCUCACGGAACGAAAGGUUUUUCGUUGUAACUAAAAGGAAGAGAAAAGAAAAAGGAAAACGUAAAAAAAAAAAAAAAAAUGAAUUCUUCAACGGUGAUCGAAACUGUUUUUUCGUAUAAGUACUCUCUCAGAAAGAAUCGCAUAUUUUUCUCGUAGAUUCGUCUGGUAAAUUUCUACGUAUCGGCUUCGGUCGAUCGGCAGCUUCUUCUCAGAGUUCAAAAAGCCAAUCCUCGUGCUAUCCUCGUCGAACAACCACUGGGCAUUUAUUAGGACGCGUCCGCAAUUAAUAGUGGCGAGUGGUGAUUAAAUGAUUAAGGGUAAUAGUGGUAGGGUGUUAAGUGAACCGCGUAUGCGCGCGUAGUCGAAAUUAAAUCCAUCGUCGUAACUCACCGACGCGGACGUCUAAUUUCGCGUCGUUACAAAAGACGUGCACUCGUCGGCGACAUGCAGCGGCCGUCGUGUAAUUGCACUCGAGCCACGAGCACGCUCCUUUAUUUUUCUAUUUCCACCGAGUGUACGCGGAAAAUAGGGAGAAUCGAAUUUCGAACCGGCACUUGGACUAUUUCGACCCCGUCGCGAUAUGAAACUCGUGCAAUGAAGCAUGAAAUCGUCUCGUCUCGUUGUUCGACGAACUGAUUGCUCGGUUUUCCUUUCCGAAACACUCGGUUGUUUAACAAGAACGGAUCCAGAACUCUAUUUCAUAUUUAUUUACUAUCAGUUUUAUCUAACGGUAGAUUAAAUUGAAUUCGCAUAAAUUAUUAGAAAAAUGUGUAAUUAAAUAAGAGAUAUGAAUCCACCCCUAUUGGGGAACAAUCUAUUUCAAAAUUAAUCAUAAAUCAUUCGUGUUACUUCUUUUUAUAGAAGAAUUAAAAUUUUUUUUUUUAUUUUCUUCGAGAAUGAUUUACAAUUUGUUCGUAAGAACAUUCGGCAAAUCGGUAUGUCGAGUUGAAAUAGUAGCUUGAAGGCAUUUUUCCCAUGCCUUAGAGUUAGAUACGUUUCUUCGUAUACUUUGUAUGUCCUAGUUUGUGAUGCUUUUUACCAAUUAAAGAAAUAGUCUAAUUAAAUGAUGAUUAGAAAGUUUCAUCGCAGCUGGAGUAUUUUAUUCUCUUUGUUCUCUAGAGAAGAUCGGUGUCACUUAGAAGUGUAGGCGGAACGAAACCAUCUUCCUAGCGUGAAGCGAAAAUCCAGCUGUCUGAAAGAACAUGCUUUUCGCUCCUCUCCGUUUCCGGGGAACUGGACCGUCACGAAAUUCAGAGCGAGACCAAGUGUCCCUUUUCUUGACACGCUGGAAACGGUAAACGCAGCUUGUCGAACAACGAGACCGCCCAACGGAACCGUAAUCGGUUAAGAAACUGGUUGAAAAUUAACCGAAUGUCUUUGUGCUCCGAAUCCACGCUCGCGAUGCUUCACGUUUCGAAAAUAUGCCGCUGAAUUCGCAGACGAAACACGGAUAGAAAAAGAGAGAGAAAAAAAAUAUGAAGUUUCAGGGUUGUCACUCUUCUGAUACAUAUCGUUAGAUCGUUAAGGGCUUGUCGAACAGGUCGUUUAAGAUACAUAAUUGUCCUGGAAAGCGUAUUAGGGUCGUCCUUUAAAAAAUUAAAAAUUAAUAUCGCAAGAACGAUCCUUAAUUUUCAUCCAUACAUAUUGCAAUACUUUUCUAUCGAAAUUGUAAAAUAAAAUAUGAGAAUAUUCCACUUAAAUAUUUUCGUAAGAAAGCAAACCACUACAAAGUAAGAUGAUUCAAUUUAUAAAUCGCGAUCGUCCCCAAAACGAUCUAAAUGAACGAUUAGAAAAUGAAAAGAGUUUUCUUUUUACGCUUGAAAGUUCUUGACGACUCGAAAAAAACGCUUUCCAUCAGAUUUUUAGCGUAAACGAACGUGUUUAAUCGCUUGAAUCCGCAAUCACGUCGAUCCCCGAACAUAUCACCGAAUUUCUGACUCGUUAGAGAAUCGUCGAUAUACAUAUAUUCAUAUAAAUAUAUAUAUAUAUAUACACGCAUUAUAUAGUACGUGACUGAAUAAUUCUUUGUUUUUCUCCUGAUAGUUAAUUAGAAGAACUCUGGAUCCUUUUAUCGGUGUGUCCACUAUAUUCGUUAGAGGGCUUGUUUUACAAUUGAUAGGAGAAAAGGUAAAGGUUUCGAUGGAAUCGUAGUCAAUUCGUGUCCGAAAGAAUGUGAACGUUCACGGUGAACGAUUUUAGAUAAUGUGAUCAUUGAAAACGACGGAAAGUAUAGCCUAAGUUUUAACCCAAGCGAGGCCUUACAUUUGCGAAUUCGGAGAGAGCAGCGAUUAAGCGGCUCGAUUUUACCCCUUUCGUUUUAUGUUCCACCAUAAAAUACAGAAUAGUCAACCCUUUGACUAUGGUGUACUAUAUUAAAUUUAUAGCGAUUAAAAUUGGCUAAAAAUCGAAAGGAAAAUUAGAAUCUCAUAUUUUUAAUACUCGCAAUAAUACAAUUCGUCAAUAUUUUAAAUUACUUAUCAAAGCUUUCAUAGUCAAAGGGUUAAAAGAGGAUAAAAAAAAAAGAGAAUCAUUGUUUCACGUGUACUCCCAGUUCCCGAAUCUCUAUCCCAAAGGAAAUCACUCGUCACCGAUCCUUCUUUCGACAGUUUCAAGUCCCUGUAUAGAAAUCGACUAAUGUAAUUGAAACCGUACGGGAAUCGAACCGUAAUUAACAGCAUGAAUGAAAAAAUGAAGGCUCUCGAAUGCCUUUCACGGGGCAACGUAUUCGCUUGACCUUAACGUAAACAUAUCAUUUUACAAUUUAAAACAAUAGUUAUACUGCCCAAGAUAGAGCAAAAGAGAUACGUGUGCAUGUAGGUUUUACGGGUGUGAGAGAGAGAGAGAGAGAGAGAGAAAAAGGAGAGAGAGUUUUCGUAGUUAAUUAGACCGAUGAGAUUCGGUCCCAAAAAUUGUACAAGGACGCGUGAAAAAAAGAAAAAUUAAUUAACACAUCUAACGGAGUGAUAGCGACGUGAACGGGUGGUGCGUAUCGUCCACCUUUGUCCACGAUUCUCGUUCGAAGCUCAGAAUUUUAAAGAAAACGACGUAUAUGACGUUGUUACCUGUGUAAUUAACAAACAAUUCUUCGCCAUUCGUGGCCAAGCUUUUGCUACUUUUGUACGAAAACGAGGAGAUACUCCAACGAGACGAAAUAUGUCUACGAGAGACCAAAGGAGCCGAAGACGGUUGUUCGAAAUUGAACGACACAAUUUUUCAAUUAUCCGAUCUAUCGCUUCUUUCAUUAUCUAUUACUCAAACGCUCCGUCGUAUUCAACCGGCUCGUUUCGGAUAUUUUUCAUCAAAUUAUAGAUUCCGAAUCAGCUAAUCGCGAAAAUACGAUUCCUCUGGCAAGAUACGCUUGGCACCUCUCGAAAAUGAUGAAAAUUCAUAUCGAUGAAGAUGAAUUUUCUCAGCAAAAGUCUACAAUGAAAAUUAGAAAUCCGAAACGAGCUCGAAGGAUCGUGUUCGCUAUCGAAGACAACGAGAGAAAAUUAGGGAAAGCGAAAGUGUGCUGAGCGAAAUGUUCGUUCGUUUCUUCACUGUACGACUUGAGACAAACGAUAGUCGAUCGAUUCUCAAAGAUUCACGAGCUCGAGAACGAUCAGACGAUCGUACAGUGAAUAAAAAAUAGGGAACGAUAGGAACUUGGACUUCAAGCAUCGAUCGACGCAGUUGAUUUGCAUUGAAAAUGAUAAUUAGGAGAUGAAUUCGCUCGCGAUCGAUGGUUCGUUUAGAUUGAAUUUAAAAGUGCUUUACAUGUGAACUAAUUCAUAUCAGUAGACAGUACGUUGUACACAGUUUACAUUAGUAGAAAUUGAUAUAAAUAUGGAAAGUAUAUAUAGUUAUAUAUAUAUAAAAGAGGAGAAAGAUAUAGAUAUAUGUAUAUCGGGGAAAAGUGCGUCGUGAAAAAAAGGACAGAAAUGUGAAUGUACACGUGAAUCAGAUAUUUUGUACCGUGACUAGAGAGUUAUUCUAACGAGUCGAUUUUUCUUUUCUUUUUUUUUAAUAUGUAGAGUACUGGAAAUAUUUAUGGCAUCAAAAUUUAUAUAUGAAUUACAUAUAAUUUUCAUAAUGAUGUAAUAAUUGAUAUAGUGGUUCAUAUUAUAAAUUCUUGCGAUUUUAUAUUUAAUAAGUAUUUAAGAAAUGCAAUAAAUAUUUCAUUACGAGGACACAUUGAUCGAAGCUGAUGAUUGAAAUCUAACAUAAUCUCUCAGAUAAUCAAUAUACAUUAUCAAUACUGUCAAUUUAUUGACAAUACAUUCAAUUAGAAUUAUAAUUCAACAAUGUCUAAUUAAAGAAAUCUGGUGCAGACGUUAUUAUAUUAAUUAUCAAUAUUUUAUCAUUACUUAAUGAUUUUAAUUUUCAUUAAAACAUCUCGGAAAUAUUUUAUAUAAUAACGAUGCACGUUGAUACUGAGGAUGUAUAUUGAUCAUCCGAGGGUUAAUUAAGAUCAACUUUGACAAGAAGAGAAUACGAAUACUACGAAGACGAAAAGAACACCAUUUUGCAUACGAUACUGCACAAUACGAAACAAUAUUUUAUACCGAAGAUAAAGGGAACAGAAGAAUAUCUCUUUGGGAUGCGGUUUAUGAACGCCAAAGAUGUCAGCAAAGAUACCACGUACAGCUAUCCAAAGAUAACGAACGAAUGAUUCGCAGCGUUAACACGUUGAAUACCGUACAGGUGAUCGUUGAUCAGCCUUACAAUUCUAAAUGGCAAUAAUAAAAUUUCAUUUACAAGAUUUACAAAUUUAAUAAAGCAAUAGAAUAUUGGAUCAAUUUUCUAAUUGCAAAAUUGCAAAAAUUUCAAAUUUAACGCUUUACGACCCCUUCAUCCAAACAAGGGUUGAAAUAUAAUAUUAAUUUGAUUUACAAGAUUUACAAAUUUAAUAAAGCAAAUUUUCAAAUUGCAAAAUUGCAAAAAUUUCAAAUUUAACGUUUUACGACCCCGUCAUCCAAAGAAGGGUUGAAAUACAAUAUUAAUUUUGCAAAAUUAAUUUGAUUUACAAGAUUUACAAAUUUAAUAAAACAAUAGGAUAUUAGAUAAAUUUUCAAAUUGCAAAUUUAACGCUUUAGGACCCCAUCAUCCAAUGAAGGAUUGAAAUACAAUAUUAAUUUUGUAAAAUUGUAAUUAAAAAACGAUCGCGGUAUUUAACGUGUUAAGGAAACGUGAUAGGCAACUUCAGAACCCUGAAGAACCGUGAUAAUCGUGAUCAGUCUAAGAAACACCAGGAUGCUCUGAAUGGUACACUAUUAACGAAAGAAGAAGAACCUGCCACAGAAAGUAAUUAAAAUAGAUCCCAAAUCCGUCCUCGCGAGAUGAUGCUGAAUCCACGAACGCUCGUGGUUACCAAUUGACCUCGGGUUCACUAAAGUAGGCCAGUCUCGAAAAAAGAAAAAAAAAAAAAAAAAGAACGGUAUUUUUCCAGGUUUGACGAGAAAUUUAUUUUUGAUCGUGUGUAGCCUUUAGCUAGCUGUCUGUCCACGAUGUUUUCACCGAAACGCCGCGCCGGUUAGGCUGAUGAAGCAAACAUGUCCAUAGAAGAAUAACGAACUGUCCAGAUGUAGCGAGUUUCAAGCGUUUCGUUCGAUACAUUGCUAAACUUACGCGCUUUGUAAGUUUCCUAGAAGGAAACGCGAUUAACCCUUUCGUUACCACCGACCAAUUACAGUGGUUCCCUGUGAAAUGAUCACCGCAACAUUUCAACAAUUUUCUGUAACAAUUAAAAACAGAAAUACCUGCGUUAAGAAAUGUCUGCUUGCAAGUGAAAUUUUAUAAACAAUACUAUCUUAUUUAUGUGGGCAUAUUGAGUUGUACAGACUUACGAGAAUAGCGAAAGGGUUAAUAACUAAGAUUCUGAUGAAUUCGAAGGAGACUGAUCACGAUCGCGCGUGUUCUCAGAGUUCCGAAUUGGAACAGCGAUAGAUACAGUAGCGGUCGAAUUGUAAGGCGCACACUUGGGACCGGAUGGAGUCUUACGACGCCACAGCUGAUUAAAAAUUAUUUCAACACAAAUAUAGUCGUGUUUGGUAUCAUUUUCAUCGCGCUGAUCUCCGUAGUUCAAUUAUGUCAAUCUCGUAAUUAUAAAAACGAACAGAAUUCACGCCUUAAAUUCGAGCGCUACCGUGUCCUUAUAAUUCGAAAAACGAACGUCAAAACGAAAGUGAUAGGAACGCGAGAUAACUCGCGACCACGUACAAUAAGACAUAUCAUUUUUCUAAUGCACGACACGGAUAUUCAUGUUCGAUAAAGGGCAUGAAGAUAAAAAAAAAAAACGUAUAGUCCUCAAUCGAUCAUCACGGACCCUUACAGACCUUUCGUAAUGAAAGUGUUACAAUUAAGGCGGAAAUCGUGGAGUCCAUACAUUCCGAAAGUAUAUGAUUACCUAGGGACCGUAGUUAUUAUUAUUAUUAUUAUUAUUAUUAUUAUAUAUAUACAUACAUAUAUAUAUAUAUAUAUAUAUAUAUAUAUUAUUCGCAGAGAUUAGACUCGGCUAUAAUUUAAACGCUAUUUAUUAUACGAAAUCUUAAGGUGUUAAACUUAUCAUCCUAGCGUACGUAUCGACGUCGUGAUGUUUUUCUCGUGAUUUAAAAAAAAAAAAAAUGAAAUGAUCGUAGGUUUGUUCUACAUAGUUGUUACGAAGGGAUUAGUGUCACGUGAGCUUUUUGUCGUACGUAUUUAUUUUAUUUGCGUAAUGUAUAACGUUACUGGUUGUAGAUAAGAGGAUGUAACGUUGUCUGAAAGUAAUAUAGAUUUUUGCUGGUGGGAUGAGACCAAAACGACCCAUAUUCGUUUCAUUCGUCGAAUCAAUUUAUUUAUGAUAUUUUUAAAGAUACAAAUUUUCCUGAAGAUUUUAUCUAAAAAGAAAACUGUUCAAAGUGGAGUUUGUAUCUUGAUAGCCUUCGCUGUAAAGAUUCUAUUUACAUGGAACCAUACAUGCUCUGGUCAUACUUUUUUAUUUGGGUCAUAUUGAUACCAUUCUACCAGGUAUUAAGUACGCUGCUCGUAAUAAACAGUAUACCUACCCGAGCGAUUUUAUCGCGCAACAAAGUGCACAAUUCAGCAAGAAAACUUGAGCAUAGUGCACGUGUAGAGUAGACGUGCAAUUUAGUUGGCCGAUUCAGCGCACGAACAUAAUAAAAAUCCACUAAACGUUUUA